AUGGCAGCCUCCAAAGUGACCUUGAAGCUUCUCGACAUGAAAAUCACAACAAAACUUAAGCGAAAUCUAUAUGCAACUCAAUCACGACAAGAUCUUACUCUAGAACCCCAAAAUCUUUCUGCUGAAGCUCCACCUACGUUGCUUGAUGAUGUCCCAAUUGUCAAGGUCAAGAAGUUCUACAAGUGCUCAAACCCCUACAAUCACCUAGGCAUUGUUGAUGACCUGUGUGCCAUCUGUCCUUCUUACAGCUAUUCUUUGUGCGUUGAGGUGCCCCACGUUCUGCAGGCUGUGACGCAUGACAAGGUGGCAUCGGCUGGUGAUCAGGGAGGAUAUGUUAAAAGGGGUGGUCACAUAUAUGGUGACCGAUGA